GAAAGAUUGACAGCUUGAACCGCUCUCUAUCUUUCAUGAGUGCAACCUACAGCUCCCGUUUUGUGAGAGGAGCAAUCACAACUCACGUCGUUUGGAAAAUUUGGAUUUAAUCGAGUACUUUUAAGAGAAGUUUAGAAGGAGAGCGCUCUGUGUGGAGUUUAUAAGGAUCUACGGGGCAUGAAAGUGGAGCGGACGCUUCAAACAAAGUAAAAAAGGGGGUAGACCUGUCCGUUUGAUGGCUGCUGGGGAUGGAGCCCAGCUGCCGGCCACAGUAGCGGCCAGCCGGAGCGUGGAGAAGGCGCUGGAGGAGGCUGCCGCCAGCGGGGCUCUCAACUUGUCUAACCGAAAACUGAAGGAGUUUCCCCGAAGCGCCAGGAACUACGACCUGUCCGACAUUACACAUGCAGAUCUGUCUAAGAACCGUCUGUGCGAGCUGCCGGAGGAGCUCUGUCAGUUCAUCUCUCUGGAGACACUGAGCCUUUACCACAAUGGGAUGCGUUCGCUGUCCUCCAGCCUGGGAAACCUCCAGGCCCUCACCUACCUCAACCUCAGUCGUAAUCUUCUGUCCAGUUUACCCCCGUCGGUGUUUCAGCUUCCCCUCCUGCGAGUGCUCAUCGUCAGCAACAACAAGCUGUCUUCACUGCCCGCCUCCGUAUACUCCCUCACACACCUCCGACAGCUGGAUAUGAGCUGUAAUGAGAUGCAGUGUUUGCCUGCAGAGCUCGGUCAGCUGGAGUGCCUGAGGGACUUGAACCUAAGGAGGAACCAGCUCACCACUUUGCCUGAAGAAAUAUCCGAGCUCCCUCUUGUCCGGCUCGAUGUGUCUUGCAACCGCAUUUCCCACGUGCCCCUCUGCUACCGCCACCUUCGGCACCUCCAGAGCAUCUCGCUGGACAACAACCCGCUGCAAAUGCCGCCUGCGCAGAUCUGCUCCAAGGGCAAAUACCACAUCUUCAAGUACCUCAACAUGGAGGCCUGCAAGAGGAGCCAGGAGGAGCUGGAGAGACAUCUGAGACCCACCGGGUUCAACAGCUGCCUGUCAGACCAGGAGCUUUUCACAGGUCAGUUUGGAGGACUGGACUCUGGCUUCAACAGUGUGGACAGCGGCAGCAAGAGGUGGUCUGGCAAUGAGUCAGCUGACGACUUCUCCGAGCGCUCCCUCCGCAUGGCUGAGGUCAGCAGAGACCAGAGGAACCUGGAGGAGGAGGAGGAGGAGGAGGUAGAGGGAUCUCCUCUGGAGGUGAACAAAGUGAAUGGAGAGGCUGAGCAGCUGGACUUCAUCGACAGUACUGUGACAGAGGAAGAGGAAGAGGAGAUCAGGAUGGAUCCACCCACACCUCCUUUGGAUCAGAAGGAGAAAUCUUCAUCAUCCCAAAACCAGGACUCAACAAUAUGCAGGUCCAGCCUCCAUGUGGACGUGGGCCCCCCGUUGUCGGCUUCCUCGUCUCCCCUGUCCCCCUCCAGCCCCACCCUAGAGGAGCGGAGGAGGCCGGGCACCUUGUUAAUCUGGCAGGAGAGAGAGCGGCUGCAGCAGCAGAGGGAGAAGGCCAGUUUGCUAAAGUCAUCGACCAAAACAGGAAGUCAUGUGGCCACGGCACCACAGACAGGAAGUAGCUCAGCUGGUGCAUCUCCAGAGAACAGCAGCUCCCACUCAGGCCUGCGGCAGAGAUGUGCAAGCGCUGACCAGAUGAGCGCAGUGUCUCUACAACGCUCCUGCAGCAGAACAGAUGUCCCGUCCUCCCCGAAGUUGUCCCCUCCCUCUGGUCAGGCCCAGAAACCCAACAGCUUCCUGUUCCGUGCCUCCUCCCGCAGCAAUGUCAAACCCACAGGACCAGUCUUCACUCUGGGUGAGUCUGGCAGAAGCGAGUCUCGCACAACGCUGCGUUCUCCUAAAGAGGAGAGACCGGAUAUCACACAACUACGCAAGACUCUGGAGUCCUGGCUGAAGAUCACUCUCCCGGAGGAUCUGGGUGAGGCCUUAUCGAACGGCACCGUCCUCUGUCAGCUGGUCAAUCACAUCCGUCCUCGCUCCGUGUCAAUCAUCCACAUUCCCUCCCCAGCAGUGCCAAAACUGAGCUCAGCAAAGUGUCGACUCAACGUGGAGAACUUCAUAGCUGCUUGUCGCAAGCUGGGAGUCGCUGAGAUGGACGUCUGUGUGUGCUCUGAUGUGCUUCUGUGUAAGCUGCCCGCUGUGCUGCGCUGUGUGACGGCCCUGCUGGCUGUGGAGGGGGGCGGGAUGGCGGAGAAGGACCACCUCUCCCCUCGCCACUCCUCACCUUCGUCUUCAUCGUCCUCAUCCUCGGUGCUGUCCACAGAUUUCCUGCUAUUCUACUGUGCAGCCAUGAUCCUGCUCUACGUCCUGUACUGCUACCUGCUUGCCUAGAGGAGACACACACAACACUAAGUACUUACAUAGAGGAACUGCUCUACACACACACUGAACACACAGAAACAUGUGUGGGGCAGCUGCUCUCACAGUUGUCAUCUAACACAAUGCUUUGCACUGUGUGUGUGUGUGUGUGUGUGUGUGUGUGUGUGUGUGUGUGUGUGUGUGUGUGUGUGUGUGUGUGUGUGUGUGUGUGUGUGUGUGUGUGUGUGUGUGUGUGUGUGUGUGACCUGAGAGUGUGUGUUGACACUCACAGCUGCUCUGGUUGGUAUGUUAGAGCUUCACAGAGCAGCUGAGCACCUUUGACAGAUGAUCUACACACAGCUCUUCAUUAGAGGUUCAGAGGAACAGAAGCACUACGCUGAUGAACUGACACAUACUGUAUGAGAGCAGGUGAACAGUGAGAUGCCUUAGCCUAGCUUAGCCUUCACUCUGUGACACAGAGAGUCAGAACAAUCUCACUGGUGGAGACAUAUGAACAGGUGUGGUGUAGGAAGCCCAGUUAAGAUACGAUAUCUUAGGUUCAUCAUACACCUGCUUUUUCCCAGCAUGCACCUGUAGAUGAGCAGCAAAGUAAAAGCACCAAAUCAUUCUCGGCCCAACCACAAAACAUGGAGAUGCUCGAAGUGGAUCCUGUUAAGAUCAGGACUCACAGAGCAGCAACAAGCUUUACUUUGUUGUUGUCGUUUGUUCAGAGUUCAUCUUAUUUCAACCAGCGUCCAAUCAAAAUGUAGGAUACAUGAUACAACCAUCAAGCACAUCUGACUGUGUAGUUAACAUUAAAGCCACAAUAGCUUAUGUUUUUUGUUUUCUAAAAACAAUCUCUGACAUAUUGAUGACACCUAUAUGACACAGAGCAACAUUAUCAGCAUCCAAACAUCUGCUGCUGCUGUUUGAGACAAGGCUGAUGAGACAGUCAAACUGUGACCUGCAUUACAAAUACUUGUAGCUAAAUACCAACAUGCAGAUUAAAAAAGAGAGAUGUGUGUGUUGUGUGUACAUGGUGUAACAGCAGUUUGUUAUACGAACACUCAGACCAGUGUGUAGUAUAGAUAACUGAUAAAUCAGGAGGUCAGCAGACUAGUUAAGUAGCUUAACUAAAUGCUCUCCUGUUGUUAGUUAGAAUUACCAAAUGCUGUAGACUGUCUACAUGGCUGGAUGGCUGAGUCAAAUAGGAAGUCUGUUGUUCUUUAGCUCCACUCACCAAGUUGUAACUUCACCACUGAGAUGAAUUCUGCCUCCAGAGCAGCAGCAGUUCUCACUCUCUCUCUGUGUUACAGCUUAAGCUCUAGUCGGUUUGUUUGUCCUGAGAGAGAAAAUAUUGAACCUGAGUGAAUUGUGAAUGUGAUUUUUUUUUUUUUUUUUUUUUAAGCUUUGAGAGAGAUGCAGGUUAGUUUCUAGGGGGCCUGGACAUUUAGUGAUGUGAUACAGUGCCUUUUAAUUAAUGAAAACUGACCACUUGCAGAGACUGCUGUUGUUUCUGUGUGUGCUGUGUUAACUGUGAGCAGCAGGUGGCAGUGUUGCUGCAUCAAACCCCCUCCAGGCUUCAUGUGUCCAAACAGACGGUACAAACCCCUCCAGGAGGUUGUGUGUGUGUCUAUUUUUGUUCUCACUGGUCAGUUUGACCGGCUGACCUCGUGUUUGUAUAAAUGUAAACAGGUUAUUAAAUUAUUGCUUUUUUAUUUAUUUUCCUCUGUUUUUGUUUCUCUUUUGUCUCUUUGGUGAAUCAGCAAAGGCUUCGCUAAUUUGGUUAAAGCCUGUAAGCCAAUAGUUUUAAAGCUUUGUGAAAUCGAUGUGUGUGCUUUAAAUAACACACACAGGUGAAUUAGUAAUCAAAAAGGGUUAGUAAAAGUAAUCAAUGUUCAAUCGUUCAGAGAUAAAAGAACAUUGAUUAUUAAAAGGUUUUCUCCUUUCUUUGGAAUGGUGAAUAAUUGAUUGAAGGCCUCUGCUGUUUCUACCACAUGCUGUGUUCGGCUUAUUGCUCAUAUAAGGUCAAUGUCUGCAACUAAACACAGAGUGGGAUCUGAUUACAACGCUUAUCGGACUGAUGUGGGUUUAAAAUAUAAUAUCAAUUAAAGCUGUGAGCCCUCACACUGUGAGCCAUGGGGGGGGGGGGGGGGGGCGGCAGCCAACAGGUUAUAUGACAUGACUCUCUCACUGAAUUUGAAAAACAAUUAGUUAAAUGUCACUUCCUGUGUCGCCUCAUCAAUGUAAAACUAAGAUUUUUCUUACUACAUUUGAGGUGGAUUGGGGCAGUUAAGGUUGGGGCAGAUUGGACAAUGUCGAAAUAUAGAAAUUUGUAGCGCCGUCAUGGCAACAGCGUUUGAUGAAAAUCAAUCUUUACAACAAAGCAUCAUCAAGGUGUUGAGGCUUUUCUGAGGAUAAAACUAUAAAACAUGUGAUUUUGUGUUCCCAGUAGGUGGCGCUAUGACUAUAACUGAUUAAUGCCCUUUAGAUGUCUCCAGGCCUUUGGAGCAGAUUUGACCAUGUACACUAGAGUAACAACAACUUUCUGUUUCAUGCGAAACAUGUAAAGUAAAUGCCACACACUGUCCUAAGAAAAGUUUUCACCGUUUAGCAUCGCAAAGGUCCCUAGAUUGCACUGAGCCGAAUUGAAGUCAAUGUGGUUAAUCCUCUAGGAGGAGUUCAUAAAAGUAAGACCCCUGUAAAUGGCAAAGAAUACACAAAAAUUUCAAAAUAAAAUCACAAAAUGGCUGAUUUCAUAAGACUGUGGCUCCAAGAGACCUUUUCGUCAGUCUCUGUGAUAUCAAAUUGAAACAGCUACCAGUUUGAACAUUGGUGUAAAAUUUCGUGAGAUUUAGAAGACAUCAAAAAUGUGAUUGUAAAAAUCCAAAAUGGCUGACUUCUUGCCCAGUGAAAAAAAAAAAUUAGCAAUUAUUCCUCCGAAUACCCAAGCAACUCUAUCCCAACAUGACCCUUUGGGGGCGCUAUGGAGCCCUCUGGACAUGCCUGAACCCACUUGCAGAUAUUUGUAAUUUUCAUCAGAUUUAAUGCAUGAAUAUAUUCUUAAGCUUCAAAAAUACAUAAAUUAUAAAUACGAUGAAAACAAUAGGUUCCUGACACCCUUGGCCCAAAUGAGAGACAGAUUAUUUGAAUUCAAGAUCCUAAAACCCUAAAAAUUGUUUGUAAACAGUUGUCCCCAUAAUGGUAAACCAAAACUUUGUACUGACAUCAAAAGUAAUGAAUGGGUGAAGUGGGGUGACCAGCAUAAAUUAAAUAUCUUUAAAUAAUAAAGUAAUAAAAUAUAAAUUAUUAUCAAUAAAUAUGUCAGGUGAAAAUUAAAAGAAUAUGGUCUAAAUGAUAUUUUUAGGCUUUGUUGCUGUUGCUGUUGGAGUUGGACUGAUUCCCUCCAGCUUUAAAGGGACAAUAUGUAGGAAUUGGUCAGCUGUCAAAUUCAUACUCCAGACAAAUAGGGGGUAGCACAUUAUCAGGAAGUUGGGGCAUCUACUCCUCUUGUAAAAAACAAGGAGUUUUUACUGGCCCGGUAAAGAGUAAAUGGCUGCCACACAGGUUUAUUCUCUGCUAGUUACUACUUCAUCCUCUGAUGUUGGACUGGACGCCACAGUGACUCACUUUGGCCUCUGGAAGUACAUUGUGGUAUUACAAGACAGGAUAGGCCCGGGCUAGCUGGUUAGCAUGCUAACGUCAGUAGAUAUCUCUGCAACACAAAGACGUGUUACUUCUUUUGUUCUUUUUGAAUGUUUUAAACUAAAAUACCCAUGUUGCUGUUUAUAAAGACCCCAAAUUUAAGAAUUCAUUCUGUUGAAAUAUAGUUUUAUAACUCAAUUUACUUAUUUAACAAAGUGUAUAAAUCACUGGUUCAUUUUGUCCAUCUCUCUGCUGUCUCGAGGUCAGAGUGUCCAUUUUAAAAACCUCCCCUCCCCUGACUGAAGUUUUUUUAUUCACCUGCUGUUCAGAUGAAAUUUAUACUGUUUCAAUUCAAAUAUAUAUUUUAUAAAUGAACUGGAUAAGCGACACACAGUAACUCAUUCACUGGCUUAGACCGAAUUAUAUUCUUAAACAUGUUAGCAGAGCAGAAAUACUGUUGUGUUUUAUAUUUAUAUAAUAGUCUUGUAUUAUUAAGAAUCCUUUUUGAGUUUAUAUAAAUCUAUAUGUAAAGUUUUUUUUUCUUCCUGCUGUAAAGAAAUUAUUAAAAAUGAAACUUGGA